UAGUCAAUCCAUCCUGAAGAAACACUCCUUUUUUUUUUUUUUUGAUCAAGUUGAAUGGUGGUUAGGUCAAUAUUGAUAUUGCAUCUCUAGGGUUGAAUAGUUGAUCAAGUUGACUGGUUGUUAGGCAUUCAAUAUGGAUAUUGCAUUUCUAGGGUUGGUUGAAUUCAAUUCCCCAUUUCCUGAAAACACAGAUCUGAAAGAGAAGCAAGAGAGGGAGACAUACCCCAGAAAUGUAAGAUGAGUGGACCGUUGAACAAGAUCUGGACGGUGGUUCCGAACGAAAUCGAGAAGGAGAAACUGCAGCCGGGGAAUCACAUCUAUACAUUGACACGAGCUAAUACAAAAUACCAUGUUGAUUGGUUGUUAGGUAUUCAAUAUUGAUAUUGCAUCUCUAUGGUUGGUUGAAUUCAAUUUCCCAUAUCCUAAAACACAAAUUUGAAGAGCAGAGAUAGAGGGAGACAUAUCCAAAAUUAAGAUGAGUGGACUGUUGAAGUAGAACUGGAGGGUGCUUCCAAACGAAAUAAACAAGGAGAAACUGCAGCCUGUGGAUCAGAUCUACACAUUGACACGAGCCGAUACAAAAUACUAUGUUGAUCUUCUUCUUCUUUCUCCAUUUCUUUUGAAUGCAUGUCUGAUAUAAUUUUAUUUUGUGCUUAACGAACCAUUUUUUUUUUCCCCCCAUUAUGAAUGAGAAUCUGCGUGCUUCACCACCAUGGGAUUUACUUACUUUACCUGGUAUUUAUGAAUCCAGCGAUAUAUUUGGAUGACGAAAACGUGAUCCACUUUCCUCAAGGUCGACAAGGAUCAAGGUCAAAUGAUCAGAGUAAAUGUCCAAAAUGUGGUGACCGUGAUCAAUCAAGUUUUCAUGGUGUGGUCUCUUCCUGCAUAGAUUGUUUCCUUUCUUUUGGAGAUCAUCUGUAUCUCUUUGAAUAUGGUGUUAAUCCAGCUCUCUUCCUAUUCAAACUUGGAGGCCGUACGACGCUUGCUUCUAGCGAUCCAGCUGAAGUUGUGCAGAACCGUGCAUCUAAUUUCCUCCAAAUGAGUAACAAUGACUCUGGUGACUACUAUCGUUUCAUAAACAAUGGUGCAGACUUUGCGAUGUAUUGCAAAACAAGCUUUGUAGUGAUAGAUAACAUAAAUUUCAGCAGAAGAUGGCAAACAGCAUUUUUCUUUGCUGUUACUUUAAUCACUUUCUUUCUCUUUCUGCAGCAACUAACAACUGCUACUUUUACUGGUUUGGCAGUCAGGUGUUUUGGCUUAUACUGUCUUUGCAGAUAUGGUUCUGACAUCGCGGCACGUCCUAAUGUUAUUAAAGUAGAUCAAGUACAGACAUUGCCUGAUGUUGAUGAGAAAUUAUCUUCUGCUGCUUCGGGCUUCCGACCUAUUCAAUCCUUAAUUGACCUCUUUAUAGUAUUGCUGAUGGCUUAUUUCAAUUUUUGGUUGCUAAGAAGAGUAAUGUGGUCUGACACUCUUCAACUGCUGUCUGAAACUCCACCAGGGGUCUUGACUCUAGCAUGCAUCAUAUUUUUCUACUCUGCAGUAUUACAAAGAAGACUGCUUUCGAACAAGAUACAUAAGAAGCAACUGAAGCGUGGAGACCAUAUUUACACAUGGAGACGCAACUCCUGCAGUAUCUACGCUCACCAUGGCUAUGUUUGGUGAGGAGACAAAAGUAAAGGAAAAUAUGGAGCGAAAAAAAGGAGAAGGGAGAAAAUGCAUAGAUCCUAAGUAUGUUUGGCACGGAACUGAAGAAAAUCCUGUAUGAGAAGGUGGUACCUCUUGGUUAAAUGCUAUAUGUUAAAUACUUGCCAUAUGUCAUAGACAGUUCACCAUCCCAAACGUUUUUGCAGAGCUUUUCUUCCUUCAUGGCAUGGCUUUGCUUAACUUAGGGAAGUCGGACUCUAGAAAUUCCUUUUCACUGGGAACAACUCCUGGUUCAAUAGUUCUGCGGAAUCCAAUACCUGUAGAGCCUCACUUUCCUUCUUUAUGACCAUUGUGAACAAGAGUUUGAAGGUUGAAAAAAAAAAAAAAAACAAAAACAAAAAGAAAAAUAAAAUGCCAUAAUAAUUAAAAAAAUAAUAAUAAUAUUGUCACAAAAGAAUGUGAAUCACCAUGCGAGAUUUCAAACUCUCUCGCAUUAGAGAUAGAAAGUGAACCACCAUAGAUUUCAAAUCCAAAUCAUACGAGCAUGGAAGAAUGCAGAUAGAAUGCUUUUAUGGUAGUGGAGCCAUUAUGCAAGAUCUAGGGUCGUAUGCAUCCAGAUCUCAGGUGUUGUUCGUAUACUCUGCCCAACUAACUCCAAACACAAAUUGGGAUUGAUUUAAAACUGACGAAGGGCGAGUCCAUGAAUGGGUGUCUAUUUCAAAAGUUGGAGCUUUGUUAUCCAUAUUAUAGAGUUGCAGAGGAAGAAAGGGUUGCCAUUGAAGGGAAGGUCAAAGUUAUUCUUUGGAAUAAGAAAAUGAUUCGCAACAGCUUUACUUUUUCAAAAAGAAAAAACGAAAAAUCAAUUGAAAUUAUGAGCUGGCAAUGACAUGGCAAGUUUUUAAUAUAUUGCAUUAGACCAUUUAAAGGGGUCAUAGCUGAUCUGGUACCACUGUCUCAUACAAGUUUUUCGCCAUGAGGUGAGAAGGGAGUAGGACCGAUCAAAUUCAAGGGGAGUGGGGCCGAUCAAAUUCAAGUGAAAGAUGAGAAAGUAGAAAGCGGACCCUGUAAAAAUAAAAAAUAAAAAGAAGAAGAAGGUGGGCACCUGUGGUUGUUUUUUGCUUUUUCUGAGAAUUUUUCCUUUUAAAUAUUAUGAGUUUGUUUAUGUAUGUGUGUGUGUGUGUGUGUGUGUGUGUAUUUGAUUUGAUGAGAUAACUUUAUAGAAUUUUUGUAAUUUAUUUUAUAUAUUUAGUUAAUCCACCCUCAUAGAAUCCAUAA